AGUGCCCGUCAUUGCUGCCAGUCAGUGCCAGUCAGUGCCACUAACAGUGUCAGUCAGUGCCACCUAUCAGUGCCAGUCAGUGCCGCCUAUCAGUGCCACCUAUCAGUGCCAUAUAUGAGUGCUGCCUUUUCAGUGCCCAUCAGUGAUGUCUGUCAAAGCCCAUCAGUGCCACCUACCAGUGCCUCCUCAUCAGUGCUCAUCAGUGCCACCUAUCAUUGCCCAUCACUGCAGCCUCAUUAG